GAGCCGCAGCCGCAGCGAGGCCGGCGGGCGGGAGCGCACCCAGGUGGCGCGGGCCGGGCAGGGUGCGGGCUCCGCGCUGCGGGUCCCAAGAGUGAGUGAGCGAGCACGCGCGCGCGGGCGAGGCGUGGGACACAGAGGGCGUGGUCCCUUGGGAUCCCCUAGAGGCAGGCCGGCGGGGACUGCGGGUGGGUGGAGAAUUUGCGGGCCGGGUCCUGGGUAGGACAGAGCUUACUGAGGGGCUAAAGCACUUAGAGCCACCCGCGGGAGGGGGAAGUCGGUGGUAUACCGGUGCUAGCCUGACACGUCUCUACCAGGCCCUCCCGUGCAAGUCCCCAUUUGACAGAUGGGAAAAUUGAGGUUUAAAGAGGCCAAAUGAUUCUCAAGGUCACCCGGCUAGGAAGCAAUAGAGUCACGAGGGAAUGGCUCUGAGAAGUCCUCGGAAGGACUGCCUAAUGUGGGGGAGUUUGUGUGUGUAGGGCGAGGUCCCCUUUCCUUUGGGCAAGGCUCUGGCAUGGUCCAAGAGUGUGAGGAACCCCAGCCGCUGGGGCUGCUUGUCCUGGAGCAUGGUAGAAGGGGGAGGGGCGGCGGAAUGGGUGUGUGCGCAACCACGGGGGUAUGUGCAUGUGUGUGGGAGUGUGCAUGGGUGGAGAUGCACAGUUUUUGCGUGUGUGCACACGUGUGCAGAUGUCACAGCUACUGUGGCCUAGGGAUCAGAGGCUGGGCUGGUUCAAGUGAACAGACGGUCUGGGAAAGAACUGCGUGCGGUUUGGAUUCUGGAGUAACGGACCUGGGUAUGACGGGAGUGUCUGUGACUGGUGUGUGUGAGAUGGGCCCUCUUGCUCUUAAUGUAGGUCAUGGUUCGAGCCUCGUGGGCAGCAAUAGCCUUGGGUCCAGCCCUCCGGCACCGGCGGCCAUGGCGAGCACUCUUACUUUGGACAAGGGUUGCACCGGAGAGCUGCUCCGAGGCUGCAUCGAAGCCUUGCAAGAUGACUCCGGAAAGGUGCGAGAUCCGCAGCUAGUGCGCAUGUUUCUCAUGAUGCACCCCUGGUACAUACCUUCCUCUCAGCUGGCUGCGAAACUGCUCCACUUCUAUCAGCAAUCCCGGACAGACAACUCUAAUUCUCUACAGGUGAAAACGUGUCACCUAGUCAGGUACUGGAUCUCAGCAUUCCCAGCAGAGUUUGACUUGAACCCAGAGCUGGCUGAGCAGAUCAAAGAGCUGAAGGCUCUGUUAGACCAAGAAGGGAACCGAAGGCACAGCAGCCUCAUCGACAUCGAGAACGUCCCCACCUACAAGUGGAAGCGGCAGGUGACUCAGCGGAACCCGUGGAACAGAAAAAAGGCAAGAUUGUCCCUGUUGUUUGAUCACUUGGAGCCUAUGGAGCUGGCAGAGCAUCUCACCUACUUGGAGUAUCGCUCCUUCUGCAAGAUCCUGUUCCAGGACUAUCACAGCUUUGUGACCCACGGCUGCACCGUAGACAAUCCCGUCCUGGAGCGAUUCAUCUCCCUCUUCAACAGUGUCUCACAGUGGGUCCAGCUCAUGAUCCUCAGCAAGCCCACAGCCACGCAGCGGGCGCUGGUCAUCACACACUUCGUGCAUGUGGCAGAGAAGCUGCUGCAGCUGCAGAACUUCAACACACUGAUGGCUGUUGUUGGAGGCCUGAGCCACAGCUCCAUCUCACGCCUCAAGGAGACCCACAGCCAUGUCAGCCCUGAGACCAUCAAGCUCUGGGAAGGCCUGACGGAAUUAGUGACAGCCACCGGCAACUACAGCAACUACCGGCGUAGGCUGGCGGCCUGCGUGGGCUUCCGCUUCCCUAUCCUGGGUGUGCACCUCAAGGAUCUGGUGGCCUUGCAGCUGGCGCUGCCUGACUGGCUGGACCCGGGUAGGACCAGGCUCAAUGGAGCCAAGAUGAGGCAACUUUUUAGCAUUCUGGAGGAGCUGGCCAUGGUGACCAGCCUGCGACCACCAGUGCAAGCCAACCCUGACUUGCUGAGUCUACUCACGGUGUCCCUGGAUCAGUAUCAGACGGAGGAUGAGCUGUACCAGCUCUCCCUGCAGCGUGAGCCACGUUCCAAGUCUUCGCCAACCAGCCCGACCAGCUGCACCCCGCCUCCCCGACCUCCUGUGCUAGAAGAGUGGACCUCAGUUGCCAAGCCUAAGCUGGACCAGGCCUUGGUGGCAGAGCACAUUGAGAAGAUGGUGGAGUCUGUGUUCCGGAACUUUGACGUUGACGGGGACGGGCACAUCUCCCAGGAGGAGUUCCAGAUCAUCCGGGGCAACUUCCCUUAUCUCAGCGCCUUUGGGGACCUGGACCAGAACCAGGAUGGCUGCAUCAGCCGGGAGGAGAUGAUCUCCUACUUCCUGCGCUCCAGCUCGGUGCUGGGCGGCCGCAUGGGCUUCGUACACAACUUCCAGGAGAGUAACUCGCUACGCCCGGUUGCUUGCCGCCACUGCAAAGCUCUGAUUCUGGGCAUCUACAAGCAGGGCCUCAAAUGCAGAGCUUGUGGUGUGAACUGUCACAAACAGUGCAAAGACCGCCUGUCAGUGGAGUGUCGCCGCAGGGCCCAGAGUGUGAGCCUGGAGGGCUCUGCGCCUUCACCCUCACCGACACAUACCCACCAUCGGGCCUUCAGCUUCUCCCUGCCUCGCCCAGGCAGGCGCAGCUCCCGGCCACCAGAGAUCCGAGAAGAGGAGGUGCAGGCAGUGGAGGACGGAGUGUUUGACAUCCACUUAUAAGAUGCUGCAACUAUCAAGGACUCAUUCCUGCUUUGGAGAAAUGACUUGGAGCAGAGCAGGGAGCCUGGGGUUCUGGGGCAGGAGGCUGGGCUGAGGGUGGGGGUCGAGGGUGGCAUGCACUGAGGUCAGGGCCAGGGCUGGCAUCCCUAAGGUUGUACAGGAUCUUGUGAAUAUUUGUAUUUUCCAGAUGGAAUA